CGGCUCGGUUGGGUCCCUGUGCCCCCAUCCCGCACUCUUCCACCUCCUCCGAGUCCCGCUCCUCACCUAGAGCGCCCCGAACUGCCAUGGGUUAGGGUGGGUGCCGCGACCCGCGUGAAGGACCAGCUCUGUGCAUCCGCCGAGGGACGCGGAGCCCGAACGCCGCUCGCCGCUUGCGGGCGCUGGGCAUGGGGAGUGCGGUGUGAGCCCGCACCCGGGGAGGACGCAGAAGCUGCGGAGACGGGAGCAAGGAGGAGGAGGAGAGGAGCCGUGGAUUGGAAGGACCCGAGGGAGGGAGAAGAGGGAGGGUGGGGAAGCGAGGGAAAAGUGAAGCUGGGAGGAGAAGGCGGCGGAAGGUGGGGAUUGAUGCUUCUGUUUUUUGUUGCCGCUGCUGCGCUCGCGCUGGGAGCUGAGCCGGAGGGAAGGCGGUGGAGAGAUGAUUGCAGAGUUGGUGAGCAGCGCUCUGGGGCUCGCCUUGUAUCUCAACACCCUGAGUGCGGAUUUCUGCUAUGAUGACAGCCGUGCUAUCAAGACUAAUCAGGAUCUUCUCCCAGAAACUCCAUGGACGCACAUUUUCUACAAUGAUUUUUGGGGGACUCUUCUAACCCACAGUGGCAGCCACAAGUCCUACCGGCCACUCUGCACUCUUUCUUUUCGCCUGAACCAUGCCAUUGGAGGGUUGAAUCCCUGGAGCUACCAUCUUGUCAAUGUCCUGUUGCAUGCAGCAGUCACUGGUCUCUUCACAAGCUUCUCCAAGAUCCUCCUUGGUGAUGGAUACUGGACCUUCAUGGCUGGCUUGAUGUUUGCCUCACAUCCCAUUCACACAGAGGCAGUGGCCGGAAUCGUGGGACGAGCUGAUGUCGGGGCCAGUCUCUUCUUUCUCCUCUCCUUGCUCUGCUACAUUAAACACUGUUCUACAAGAGGCUACUCAGCCACGACUUGGGGCUGGUUCCUGGGGACGGGACUGUGUGCAGGAUGCAGCAUGUUGUGGAAGGAACAAGGAGUGACUGUUCUCGCGGUUUCAGCCAUUUAUGAUGUCUUUGUCUUUCACAGGCUGAAAAUGAAACAGAUAUUACCUACCAUUUACAAAAGGAAGAACUUGUCUCUUUUUCUCAGCAUUAGUUUGUUAACUUUCUGGGGGACCUCCCUUUUGGGUGCCCGGUUAUACUGGAUGGGAAACAAACCACCAAGCUUUUCCAACUCUGACAACCCAGCUGCUGAUUCAGAUAGCCUCCUUGCCCGCACGCUCACCUUCUUCUACUUGCCAACCAAGAACCUCUGGCUGUUGCUAUGCCCAGAUACACUCAGCUUUGACUGGUCGAUGGAUGCUGUGCCUCUGCUCAAAACAAUUUGUGAUUGGAGAAACCUACACACUGUGGCCUUCUAUACUGGACUCCUCCUCCUUGCCUACUAUGGUUUGAAGAGCCCAAGCACAGAAAGAGAAUGCAAUGGGAAAGCUGUAACAAAUGGCAAGCAGAAUGCAAAUGGACAUAGCUGCCUUUCAGAUGUGGAGUACCGGAACUCAGAGAUUAAGCCCAGCUUUGCAUCCAAAGUAGAAAAUGGCAUUAAAAAUGAUGUAUCACAGAGAACGCAACUUCCUUCUACUGAGAACAUUGUUAUUCUGUCUUUAUCUUUGUUAAUAAUUCCGUUUGUUCCUGCCACGAACUUGUUUUUCUAUGUCGGCUUUGUAAUUGCAGAGCGAGUAUUAUAUAUUCCUAGUAUGGGCUUCUGCCUCCUGAUUACAGUGGGUGCCAGAGCCCUUUAUGUCAAAGUCCAAAAGCGGUUUCUCAAGACCUUGAUUUUUUAUGCUACAGCAACAUUAAUUGUUUUCUAUGGACUCAAGACUGCAAUCAGGAAUGGAGACUGGCAGAAUGAGGAAAUGCUGUAUAGGUCAGGGAUAAAAGUAAACCCAGCUAAAGCAUGGGGUAACCUUGGAAAUGUUCUGAAGAGUCAGAGCAAAAUUUCUGAAGCUGAAACCGCCUAUAGAAAUGCUUUGUACUACCGCAGCAACAUGGCUGACAUGCUUUAUAAUUUAUCCGAUCAGGUUUUUGCUGCAUAUUUAAACACCGGUAUUAUUCUAAUGAACCAAGGAAAGACAGAAGAAGCCAGACGUACGUUCUUAAAGUGUUCUGAGAUCCCAGACGAAAACCUGAAAGACCCUCAUGCACACAAGAGCUCUGUUACCAGCUGUCUGUACAACCUGGGAAAACUCUAUCAUGAGCAGGGACACUAUGAGGUUGGGCCAAUACCUGUACAUCCUUUUCCUUCCCCGUUAUUCUCAUCCAUGGGUGAAGCAUAUAUGCGCUUAAGCAAGCUCCCUGAAGCUGAGCAUUGGUAUAUGGAAUCUCUGAGGUCCAAGACUGACCACAUCCCUGCUCAUCUUACUUAUGGGAAACUGCUGGCUCUAACAGGUCGUAAGAGUGAGGCUGAAAAGUUCUUCCUGAAGGCUAUCGAACUGGAUCCCACCAAAGGAAACUGCUACAUGCAUUAUGGUCAAUUUCUUCUGGAAGAAGGUCGCCUCAUAGAAGCAGCUGAGAUGGCAAAAAAAGCAGCUGAACUGGACAGCUUGGAGUUUGACGUUGUCUUCAAUGCUGCACACAUGCUCAGACAGGCUAGCCUGAACGAAGCAGCUGAGAAGUACUAUGACCUGGCAGCCAGGCUGAGGCCUAAUUAUCCCGCUGCUCUGAUGAACCUGGGAGCCAUCCUGCACCUCAACGGCAGACUCCAGAAGGCUGAGGCCAACUACUUGCGGGCGCUGCAGCUCAAGCCGGAUGACGUCAUCACGCAGUCCAAUCUCCGCAAACUCUGGAACAUCAUGGAAAAACAAGGCUUAAAGACUUCCAAGACCUGACACAGGGAGCGGAAACUCAUCCUCCUCCAUUUUCAAAAGCUGGCUUCGUUAACAGACAGAACUUCCCAGCAGUGCUAUGAUAAGAACGCAUUUUGGACUUCAAGACCAGGGCAGAGGUCAUUGAGGUCACUGCCACUUCUGGGAGAAUCCACUUUGCUGUUGGCACAGCUGUUAACACCAAAAAGGGAGGACAUUGGAAACCUCCUGGAGGAUGUAAUUGUCACCCAUAGACUAUAAACCAGAGCACUUAAAACAGAAUUUUUUGACAUUCUUAAAAGGGAGGGGUGUCUAAGUCACAGAUUUGGUUCAUUUUCAAAGCUAAUCUCAAAAUUAUAUUGUUCCUUAAACACUGUGAAAGGAAGUCAGAGUGUCCACUCAGCCACAGUACUCUGUUGAGGUAAAGUUGUUGGAGUGAUUAAAGUGUAGUGUGAAUCCCAGUGAGCCGCUGGUUGUCCUGACGCUGCUGUCUUCCCUCUUUGGGACAGCCUGCUUACCAGUUUCGGAAGCUUAGGAAACUAUUGUUUAAAUACUGUGUCAGAAUCUGUUGGAAUCUGCGGUUGUUUCUUGACGAGUGCACAUGAUGUUUUAUGAUUUAUAUGUCACAGUCUUCAUUCUUUGGGACAUCAUUCGCUUUUUGAAAAGGAUUUGGGGAGAGUAGAGCUAAACAUAC